AUGGAGGCUCGAGGACUCAAGGACAACGUCAAGGUCAUGGGAAGCAUGGAAGAGAUCGUCAAGGAGAAGGGGACGCGCCGCGAAGAACUGAGAAGAACACGUUCUUCCCCAGCGCAGCCGACCCUGCCUCCGCCCUGCUCGGUCUCCUUCCGCUGCCCUGCUCCCGCUCGAUUAACCACCAGCAGGCCAAGCCCCGCGCUCCGCUCCACCGACCUCCGCACGCCUCCGCAGCCGAGCCGCCGGCCCACUUCGCCCCGCUCGCCCUGGUUCCCGCGAGCGCCUGCUCGACCCAGCGGUCAACGCCCUGCGCCCGCUCCUUGGCGCCGCCCCGCUGGCCCACGCGCCCACCACCUCCCGGCCGACAGCAGCAGUCCCGCCAGCCCACCUCCACGCGUCCGCGCACCACCAGGCUGCCGCUGCUCUGUGUAUCGCGCGCCCGCGCAACUCCACCCGCCUCCACACCUCCUGGCUCGCCCGACAACCGCCCCGCGCGCCUCCCUGGUCCACUACGCCGCCAUCAGCCAAGCAGCCAGCUCGCCCGCAACGCCUGGCCGCCAGCUCGCUCUGCGCGCGCACUUCUUCGCCCCAACCCAGCUUCCAAUUUUUGGCCCAACUCGCCCCGAUUCUGCUCUCUUCAACGCGCAGUAG